ACCAUUUGACUUUAUGAAUAUUUCAGAGUAUAUAUUUUCUUAUAAAGUAGACAUAAACGAGUUUGUGAUUUUCAACUGUUUCUUAUUGAUCAUAAUCAUGGUUAUCUGGUCAUACUGAUUUUGACAUUCGUAUUCCUGUUUUCACAGUCGCUACAUGUCAAUUAGUUUUCCCAUAACAUAAGUUUAAGUUAUAUUGAAUCUCGUCGGAUGCUCUUAUUUCAAAUUCAAAUACUGUUAAGGAAGUUAUUACACACAAAAUAACUUUUUAAACUCUAACUUUUUAAAUAUUGAACAUGAGUGAAUCAGAUUCAAGUAGCUCCAUUAAUGACGAAAUCAAGAAUGCUCUCCCAUCAGAAUGGAAAUACAAACUUCUCAAAAAAGUUAUGUAUGGUUCACCUAAAAAAAUAGAGAUAUGCAUUAAAGUAGCUUUAUUUUCAAUUAAAGAAAUUGAAGCUUGGAUGGAAGCCUUGGAAGAAAAAGUACAAUGUAGUUAUUCCAUAUCUAAUACAAGAAAAUGUGCUGGGGAAAAAGUUAUUUUUAAAAGGCGUCUAACUUGUCAGCAUAAAACAGGAAACAAAAGUACUUAUCCUAAUCUAAAAACAGGUACAAGAAAUACAAAUUGCCCCUCUAGGAUAUCAAUAUCUUUAAUGAGAAUACAAAAAAAAUAUAGAGGGAAGGACCCUCCUGACCCAGAUAUGCCUUGUAUAAUUGAUUAUGUGAUCACCCAUAAUCAUUCCUCAACUCUUUCAGUACGUUAUAGAAGGGUUAGUAAGAGUGUGCAAAAUAAGUUGAGGGACCUGUUUUCUGUUGGAUAUAAUGCAUCAACAGCUCAUGAGUACAUUAAAAUAGAAUUGCAAAUAAAUAAUCCACUUAAUUAUGAGGAAUUAUUUGUAAAUCGCAGUAUCUGCCCUGAUAGGAAUUUCUGCCAUAGAUCGUAUAAUUUCUUCACAAGAGAACAUGGCUCAAUUGACUAUACUGACAAAACAUUUUUAAUCACAAGAGUGGAACAAUAUAAUAUUGAAAUGGGGGAGAAAUGUGCAAUGAUUGAAAUAGAUCAAGAGUCUUUUGUUAUUGUGCUAUGUCCUCCGUUAUUCAAAAGAGUUCAUCAAUUUAUAAAAGUUUCAUCUGAAAUUGUAUAUAUGGAAUCCGUUAAUCCUGGAGAUAAUGAUGACAGCAAAACUUUUUUUAUGUCAACUAAUAGCGCAUGCGGUUAUUUACCUCUUGGUGUUAUUAUUACUAGUUUAGAGAGGUCUGAUUUGAUUCUUAGAGGUCUAAAAAUAUUACAAUCAUUAGUAGGCGACACAAUGUUUUACGGUAAUAGGGAAGGCCCCCAACUAUUUGUCAUUGAUGACUGUGAAGCAGCAGAAACAGCUCUGAAUACUUUAUGGCCUCAAUCGAAAGUAUUUUUCUGCAUGUUACAUAUAUUGAAGUCACUUUGGAAAUACCUACUUUGUUCAAAAAACGGUAUUAACAGAGAUGAAGCAUUGACUUAUUUCAAUCAAUUCAGGCAAAUCAUGAUUGCUCCUACCAAAGAAACUUGUGAUCAGUUGUUUAAAGAAGCAAUUAUAUUUGCUGAUAAGUACGAUAAUUAUUUGAAAGUUUUGAAAGCAUAUUGGCAGAGAAAAGAUAUGUGGACUAACGCUUAUCGACACGUUUAUUUGAAUCAUAAUUAUCAAAAUAUACUCUCACUGGAUGAUUCUGAGACAUCAUCGUGCUUGAUAAAGCAGUCUAUCUUUCAUAGAAUGAGAUCAUUUAAUGUAAUCCAAUUGUUUGAUUUUAUUUUAACAAAAUUUGUUGACUAUAAUACAGGAAGACUACUGGAUAUAGUAAAAGAUCGCGCAUUAAGAAAUAUGUCAAGAAAUAUACCAGUAAAUAUAGACAAAGAAACAAUACAACAAAUAAACGAAUAUUUAUAUUUUGUUCCUAGUCUUAAGGCUGGAAAUACAAAUUAUGCUGUUAAUACAGAAAUUUUAUCAUGUACAUGUCUCAAAAAUAAUACUGGAUACAUUUGCUAUCAUAUUGGGUGGCUCCUACCAUCACCUCCACCUUUUCAAAAUAAAAUUGAAGAUGCUGAUCUCAAAGAAAUUUUCUAUCAAACUGCUACUGGUAAGAGAGCAUCUGUAGAACCCGAACAUCAAACGUCUGUAAUCAUUUCAAAAGAUAAUGUAAAUGAUCAAGAAAACAACAUACAGAACAGAUCAAGAGUUAUUGAAGAAAUAAUAGUUGUAGGAAAAGAGGUAUUAAAAUUGGAGAUUAUACACAAUGGUGAUGAAAUAAUCAUAAAUGCUGACGGUAAACAUCAAGUUCCUAAUCAAAAUAACGCAGGUAAUAAUUCGAACAUGAGAACUAUAAGGACAGACAGGGAACAAGUAAUCUCCGCAGGGAAAUUUAUUAUCAAUGAACUAUCCAAGUCGUUGAAUUACAUUUUAGAGAAAUCACCAUUUCAAGUAAUGCCAGCAUUACAAAAAUUACUCAAUAAAACAAACAGUAAUUUAGAUUCAGGAGACAAUUUCAUAUUGGAUUGUGAAAAGUACGUUCAAUAGCAUAUAAUAUUUAUUAUUAAUUAUUGUGAGAUUCUAUUCUUAUAAUGACUGACCAAGUGAAACUAAAAAAGUAUUUAAAUAAUUUAUACUUGAGGGUAUUACGAGUGAAUCCAUAGAAUUUUUAUCACAUUGAUUGUUGUGGAAGCAUUAAAAAAGUGAUAUGAAUAAGAGUGCUGAAAGAUUACGUUCUCUGAGUUCUAUUAGCAAUAAUUGCAUUAAAAAUACAUCCAAACUCUCAUCAUGUGCUUGUUUUUUGGGAGUAUCACUAUAAGUAAUUAAUUCUCAGUCUUUUGUUCCUUUAGUAUAUUAGAAUGUAUACCUUUAUUUUGAGUUUAAUUAGUUCCAUUAAUAAUUGUUGAUUAUUAUUUUGUAAUAUAAUUUAUGAUUAUUUCGUUAAUUUGUAUGUUAUUUUUUGAAUUUCCGAAGUUCACCAGACAAAAAAUUAGUAGUUCAGAUUAAUACAGAAAAUUAUUUGCUGUGCUCUUUAGUUUUAAUUCGAUUCCACUGAGUGGAUACCAUAUUUUGUGCCAGUAUUCUUAGGGGUAUGUUCUAUGUAGUCAGGUAUUUUAACAGAUUACUUAUAUAAAAUAGAUGGAUGGUGGUCAAAGUUGGUAGAGGGUAGGUGGCCCGUCUGAUCUACGUGUAACGUCAUCUGUUGAAAGCCGACAGUCGAGAACAUAGGAAUGGCCGUUUCUGAGGAUAAAUAUAAAACCGGAUAGAAAGUAUCUUCUAAAAUAUUCAAUAGUAAACAGGGUGUCCAUUCCAAAUUUGGAUUGUAUUUAGAUAUUUUUAUGCGAUUUUAUUAUAAUGUUUGCUUCAAGUUCAUAUCUAUUUAUAGAAAUUCUUUAUACCAGAAUGGCCCAGUUUACAUAAUGCCAACUUUAUUUUAUGGAUAUUUCAGAUAUCUGUUUCGUCUUGUGAAAAGAAUUUAUAUUUAAUUAGUAUAGUGCACAACCAUAACCAUGUCCAGAUAGGUUUCCGCGGUCAGGAUUAUGAACAACAGGACUAGGUUCACGGGUUGAGCCGCCUUGGAAUUUGAAAAUUCUCCAAGUCUCGACUCCUGCUUUAAAGCCAUUAUCAAGAGAGGGGUUAGGAUAGGGUGGUUAUUCAUUCAGUGGUAAGAAGUGAUCCGAUUCCGUGGUCUCAACGCUUAGUAGAAUACAGGAAUUAAAUAAUUCGAUAGAAUACAAUGAGAGAAAAGCUCAAAUUUCGAGUAACACUAAUAUUUUUUUAAUUUAUUGAAUGUAAAAGACCCCUUGAUCUAGAUAUUUUUCUUCUGUAUUUCUAUAGUAUUUGUAUGAAAUUUAGUUUAACAAAUCUAUUCUUUAUAACAGUAACAAAUUUUAUAUUGUUUUCGGGGCAUAUUUUUCAAAGUCUCACAAGUACUUUCUACAAUAAAUUUACAAAUAUGUAAAAUAUUUGUUGUAUAGAUAAAAUGACAAAAUUCCACAAGUAUCAAUUCAUCCAUUUUUCAACUUAGCAUUUUAAAGACUGAUUUUGCAUACGUUUUUUCCAUUAUUUUGGCACAAUUUAAAACUCAACAAAUAAUUGCCAUAAUCUAAACUAAAAUAUACAUUAGAUGAUAUUUUGGAUAAAAAAAAUGUACUAAUAUAGAUCUUUUGCUUAAAACCAUAUGUGUAAUGAACAGUUUAUAUAAGUGGAAGAUGUUCCGACUAAGUGAAACAAAUAGUGUUCUAUUUGUUCGCAUCUUUUGCGCGCAUAAAGCAUGCGCAGUAAAGAUAAAGUGUCUCGAACGAAAACGAAAAUAAACAUUGUUGGCACCGUUUUUUCUCAUACCAACUGUCUAUAUAGGAGUAUUACAUAAAUGCUUAAAACAUACUACAAAGCAGUUUGUUAACAUCCAAUAACCUAGAAAACACAAUGGCGUUCGUGACAUUUGCACUAAAUGUGCUUAUUAAGAACCGACCUCAAAUCAAGUAGUUUGUUAAGAUUUUCGGUUUACGUUGGGUUAUAAAUUGAAAAAAGAAUGCUUAUUCUAGGUGAACUAUGUCCUAACUUUCAGUCAAAAUGUACUACUGGAUCUUCAUCUUUUCAUGAUUGGCUAGGAAAUGCGUGAGUUGAUAUUUGAAGGCUUACCUGGUAUAAAGUUUGAAUUUUGUAGUAAAUAAUACUUCUGUUUCUG